AUGUUUGUUUGUUUAUUUCCCCCAAUGUUUGUUUCAUGGAUUCUGAUUGCUUUUUCUUUUCUUUUUAUUUCCGGUACCUUCAGCAUCAGGGUCUGGAACAAUGAAAUCCAGAUAAAACAGGCAAAUGCAUCACUUAAUGCUGGAAUUGAUCUGAAGGAAGUUGUUCGUUUACCACAAAGUGAAGAUAUAAAUGACUGGAUAGCUGUACAUGUGGUUGAUUUUUUUAAUCGGAUUAACUUAUUGUAUGGAACAAUAUGUGAGCACUGUACAGAAAAAACGUGUCCUACAAUGUCGGGCGGGCCUAAAUAUGAAUAUCAUUGGUGUGAUGGUGUCAAUUAUAAGAAGCCCACUGCAUUACCAGCACCUGUCUAUAUAUCAUUGUUAAUGGAUUGGGUGGAGAGUCAAAUCAAUGAGGAAACAAUAUUUCCAGUUACAGUGGGGGUGCCUUUUCCAAAGAACUAUCAGCAGAUAGUAAAAAAAAUCAUGACCAGAUUAUUCAGAGUGUUUGUACAUGUUUAUAUUCAUCAUUUUGACAAACUCAUUGGAAUUGGAGCUGAAGCACAUGGAAAUACAUGUUACAAACAUUUUUACUAUUUUGUAACAGAACAUAACUUAAUAGAUAAGAAGGAGCUUCAACCUCUGAAGGAAAUGUCAGAAAGGAUUUGCAAUUUGUAA